GAUACACAAGGUCAAGGCUGUUUAGGUUAAGGAAGGUCAUACGCGAAAGCUUUGCGAAUUGAACUUGAAGGAGAGAUAUAAUCAUGACAAAUAGAAAAUUUUUCGUGGGUGGAAACUGGAAAAUGAACGGCAAUAAACAGAGCAUUGAUGGCAUUGCCGAUUUCUUGAAAACGGGGCCACUGGAUCCAAACACCGAGGUGGUAGUUUCUCCACCAGCCUGCUAUUUGGGGUACACUAGACAGAAAGUAGAUCCAAAAAUUGGGGUUGCAGCCCAGAACUGUUAUAAGGUGUCCAGUGGUGCUUUCACAGGAGAUAUCAGUGCUGACAUGAUCAAAGACCUUGGCUGUGAAUGGGUCAUUCUUGGACAUUCAGAGAGAAGAAAUGUUUUUGGAGAAUCUGAUCAGUUGAUUGGUGAAAAAACAAAGUAUGCAUUAAGCAAGGGGAUGAAAGUGAUUGCUUGCAUUGGAGAAAAACUUGAAGAGAGGGAAGCUGGCAAAACGGAAGAAGUAGUCUUCAGGCAAACCCAAGCUAUUAUUGAGAAUAUAACAGCAGACCAGUGGCCCAAUGUAGUGUUGGCUUAUGAACCAGUGUGGGCCAUUGGAACAGGAAAAACCGCAACCCCUGAACAGGCUCAGGAAGUUCACGAAAAACUACGAGCUUGGUUAGCAGAAAGAGUGUCCAAGGAAGUGGCAGCAUCUGUUAGAAUCAUCUAUGGUGGAUCUGUGAAUGCUGGUAACUGCAAGGAUCUUGGUGCCAAACCAGACAUUGAUGGCUUUCUAGUGGGUGGUGCUUCUUUAAAACCAGACUUUGUACAGAUUGUCAAUGCAAGGCAAAAGUAGAAAUACAGGGCUUCCUGAACAUCUCUGUACUGUUGUUCAGACUAGUUUUAUUAUGUCAUGUAAUUAGCUUUGCUUUUUUUUAUGCCUACAAAAUGUAUGUAAAGAAUAAGUUUAAAAAAGAUUUUAUAUGAUAUAAAAUAUAAGUUACAAAUGCCCCAAACCUAAUUGUAUAAUGAUGAUUACUUGAAAUAAAAUACUUCUUUUUUUUAA